AUGGCCACCACCCAUGUGCUCUUCUCUCUGCUUUUGAUGCUCUGCUCCAUCUUUCUUCUUCCUGCAUGGUAUGCUCAUCCAUUGCAGAGCUGCAAUCUUGAUCAGAUUUAUCAACUCGGAGACUCGAUUUCCGACACCGGAAAUUUGAUAAGGGAGAGUACAUUUGGAGCUGCAUCUCCGUUCGCUAGACUUCCAUAUGGUGAAACUUUCUUUAAAACUGCCACCGGUCGGUGCUCGAAUGGCCUCCUCAUGAUUGACUACCUUGCAAUGGCAGCUGGGCUUCCACUUCUCAAUCCUUUCAAGAACACUGAUGCAAUCUUCAGACAUGGAGCAAACUUUGCAGUUGCUGGUUCUACAGCAUUACCAACAGAGAUUCUUGCAGUCAAGAACAUUUCGUCUCCGGUCACCGGUAGUUCUCUCAGCGUUCAGCUUGAUUGGAUGUUCACACAUUUCAAUUCCAUCUGCUACGAUGAGAGAGAUUGUGUUGAGAAGCUCAAAAACUCUCUCUUCUUUGUUGGAGAGAUAGGAGGGAAUGAUUAUAAGUAUGCAUUGUUUCAAGGCAAAUCCAUGGAGGAGGUCAAGAGCAUGGUGCCUGAAAUUGUUGAAGCCAUUAUGGAUGCUGUUAGAAGAGUUAUUCAGUAUGGAGCAGUUCGAGUGGUUGUUCCCGGAAAUUUUCCAAUAGGUUGUUUUCCGAUUUAUCUCACAGGAUUUAAAACUAAUGACUUGUCGGCUUAUGAUGAAAAUCAUUGUCUGAAAGCGUUGAACAGCUUUUCGAUGUAUCACAAUGAUUGUCUGCAGAAAGCCAUUGAAGGUCUGAAGCAAGAAUACCCUAAUGCAAUCAUUGUAUAUGGUGAUCACUACAAUGCCUUCCAAUGGCUUUUACAUGAGGCUUCAAAUCAGGGAUUUGAUGCCACUUCUCUGCAAAAAGCUUGCUGUGGAAUUGGCGGUGACAACAAUUUUAGUCUAGCAAGAAUGUGUGGAGCUCCUGAAGUUCCAGUUUGUGGUGAACCUAAUAGACUCAUUAGUUGGGAUGGAGUCCAAUUGACACAAGAGGCAUACAAGGUUAUGGCGGGAAAGCUUAUUGAUGACACCCUACCCCAACUACAAUGUAUGGCUUAAAAUAGUUUUAUUUGCUUUGCCAAUGUCAUAUGUAGUCAUUCAUAGGUAUUUUGUUUUAGGACACUUUUGUGUAUUUAUUUAUUUUUAAUAGGUAGGAUUGAGAGUGUUGUUGUAAAUUAUGUUGUUUGUUUGAUUGAUUUGAAUUAGUUAAAAAAACAAUGUCCUUUUACAAAACAGUA